AUGCCAAAAAUGCCAAAAAUGCCAAUGCCAAUGCCAAUGACGCCAGAGACGCCAACGCUGCCAAUGCAGCAGACACAGCGUCAAGGGCCACAGAAAAACACUUCAGUACCUACAGUUGGCACGCUUCCAAUCACUCGCAAGAUUCCACCAUUCGCCAUCCACCCAACCACUUUGCCGACACGCUUCACCCUGCCCCUGAAUUCCACUCCACUGCGGGCACAUCGACAGAAAACCUUCCCCGCAAGGAGCUCUCAGCAAAAGCCAGCGAGCGCACAUUGGUGGACGAUCUGCUUCUGUGGCUUGUCCAGGCGUCUAUGGCUCCUAGCACGUGGGACGACGGCGAAAACUGGAUGGCGCCGCCGGCGGUAUUGGCCAAAGUGCGUGCUCCCGCUCGUGCUCGGAGCUUGGACACUUUCCCUGUGCCGCGCCGCAGCAUCGACGCUGGCGCCCCAAGCUUAG